GCGGCCGACCAAUGCUACCUCCCUGCGGCCAGGGCACCGCAAGGGAAGGAGGCUGGAGGAAGAAGCCCAUUGGGAAGGCCCCGCCUCGCUAACCCCCUCCCCACCCCGCUGCGGGGCUUCAGUCAAUAAAGGCGUUACAUCUCCUAGUCUUUUUCUCCCGGGGACUUCCUAUCUCCCUAGAGCCGCGCCAUGCGGGACUACGACGAGGUGACAGCCUUCCUGGGCGAGUGGGGGCCCUUCCAGCGCCUCAUCUUCUUCCUGCUCAGCGCCAGCAUCAUCCCCAACGGUUUCAAUAGUAUGUCCAUAGUGUUCCUGGCGGGGGUCCCCGAGCACCGGUGCCGGGUGCCCGCCUCGGCCAACCUGAGCAGCGCCUGGAGAAACCAGAGCGUCCCGCGGCACCUGCAGGACGGCCGCGAGGUGCCCAGCAAGUGCCGGCGCUACCAGCUCGCGGCGCUGACCAAUUUCUCGGCCCAGGGGCUGGUGCCCGGCAGGGACGUGAACCUGAGCCAGGUGGAGCUGGAGCCCUGUCUGGACGGCUGGGAGUACAGCCAGGACACGUACCUGUCCACCAUCGUCACCGAGUGGAAUAUAGUGUGUGAUGAAAACUGGAAACCUCCACUGACAACUUCAUUGUUCUUUGUGGGCGUGCUGAUGGGAUCCUUCAUAUCAGGACAACUCUCAGACAGGUUUGGCAGAAAAAAUAUCCUCUUUGGGACUAUGGCUGUGCAAACCGGUUUCAGUUUCCUGCAGAUCUUCUCCGUCAACUGGGAGAUGUUCACUGUGCUGUUUAUCAUCGUGGGCAUGGGUCAGAUCUCCAACUACGUAGUGGCCUUCAUAUUAGGAACAGAGAUACUUGGCAAAUCAGUUCGUAUUAUAUUCUCUACAUUAGGAGUUUGCAUAUUUUUUGCAAUUGGCUACAUGUUGCUGCCACUGUUUGCUUACUUCAUCAGAGACUGGCGGAUGUUGCUACUGGCUCUGACCGUGCCGGGGGUGCUGUGUGUCCCGCUGUGGUGGGUUAUUCCUGAAUCCCCACGAUGGCUGAUAUCUCAAGGAAGAUUUGCAGAGGCAGAAGAUAUCAUCCAAAAGGCUGCAAAAAUGAAUAAUGUGACUGCACCAGUCAUAAUAUUUGAUCCUUUGGAGUUCCAGGAGUUAACUCCCCUAGAACAGCAAAAGACAUUCAUCCUGGAUCUAUUCAGAACUCGUCACAUUGCCAUAAUCACCAUCAUGUCUUUGAUGCUGUGGAUGCUUGUGUCAAUAGGUUACUUUGGUCUCUCUCUCAACACUCCUAAUUUGCAUGGAGACGUUUAUCUGAAUUGUUUUCUAUCUGCUGCCAUUGAAGUUCCUGCCUAUGUGAUAGCCUGGCUGCUGCUCCGAAGCCUACCCCGACGAUAUAUCAUUGCUGGGACACUUUUCCUAGGUGGAGGGGUUCUCCUUUUCAUUCAACUGGUACCUACUGAAUACUAUUUCCUGUCCACUUCCUUAGUGAUGCUAGGAAAGUUUGGAAUCACCUCUGCAUUCUCAAUGCUCUACGUCUUCACAGCUGAACUCUACCCAACCCUUGUCAGAAACAUGGCUGUGGGUGCUACUUCCAUGUCCUCCAGAGUGGGAAGUAUCAUUGCUCCUUACUUCGUUUAUCUUGGUGCUUAUGACAAAAUCCUGCCCUAUGUUCUUAUGGGCAGCCUAACAGUGCUUAUUGGCAUUGUUACCCUGCUUUUCCCAGAAAGCCUUGGAAUGGCACUACCAGAAACCUUUGAACAGAUGCAGAAGGUAAAAGGUUUCAGAUCCAGGAAAAAACCGAGGAACUCCACUGGAAGAGAGGAGACUCCUAAGGUUCUCAUAACUGCGUUCUGACCAACUUCUGUGACAUUUAGUAAAUGGAGAUCUCUGAGACUGAGGAGAAACCAAAGCAUAUUCUGACAGAAAGAAUUACCUGAUGGAAAACACAAAGAGCAUCCCAUAUUUGCCAUGUGAUAAACUAAGGUGCUGCUAUUUCUGAUGCCUUGUCUUGUCAACCAGAAUCAAAAUAUGUUUCCAUAGAGUUCUCAAAUGCAAUGACUUUAUUUAUGUCUGUGAAGGAGGUCCACAAUGCUUUUUGAGGACAUGAUAACCAAGAAAUGAAAUGCUCAGGGUGUCUCACUUAUUUUUAGACAUACAAAUACCACUCACAUCAGAAAUGUUUUGCAUUCCUAUCUUAGAAGUUAAAGGCAAGGCUAUAGUUUUGGGUACUGAGAGAUAUUUGGGGUUUUAUUUAUUUUUUUCAGUCAAAGCUUAAUUCCCAAUGGAGUCAUUUCUGAAGCAAAAAUAUUUGGCAUUCUCUGUAAGAUAGAUAUAAUUUUGUAAUAUUCCUACCCCCAAUGUUUGAUGUAUACUAAUGUAAAAAAUUUUUAUCCUAAUAUUUGAAGAUAUUUUUUAAAACAUUAACUCUGCUUCCCAGAUACCCCUCUUAAGAUAGACUAAUGGCAAAAGUCUUUAUGAUUGUAAAGGUAAAUUGUAGAGGUAAAGAAGCUGGUCAAAGAGACCCAUCUGCCAUCACCCCCACAAUAGAGCUAGAAGGAUAUUCUUUGGCCCCAGUACCAGCAUCCUCAUGCAAAGUAUCCUCAUGAAAACUCCAAAUUUUUCAGUAUUCCUUUUGAAUAUGAGAAUUAUUCUGUUGUACUAGACUUGUUUACAAAUCAGAUAUUUCUAUUGUAUGUUAGGAAAAGUUUAAAAUAAAAGUGCGCUACCAAGUCAUCUUAUUGACAUGGAUAUUGCCACACUAGUAUUCAUUUGUUUGUGACAAUAAUCUGACCUAAGCAUGCUUUAAAAUGGAAUCUGGUAGAAUAGGUUUUGGGUUUUUAAAAAAUCAUUAAAAACAUCUCUUUUCCAGAAAUAGGUUCUCUGUUUCUGAGCACUACUGUUCAGAUGUGCCCCCAUCUUUCCCAUUGUAUAUUGUCAGUGACAGGCAUCAUGAUUUAGGGUAAAUUGACUAAAUUAACACUCCUGUUAAGAUGCAAAAAUUUGUGUUUAAUGUAGGCUAGCCUACACACUUAAAAAUCAGACUGGAAAUGUUAAUGUUCCUGCUCAAUCUUUACAUGACACUGUCUCUGAACAAAUUCUGGUUAUCUAAGUAUUGUCUAUAUACAUUCCUCUUUAAAAUGCUUUUUUCUGAAGAAAAAUAGAAAAACACUUGAAGCAUCAUUGCAAUAAGCUGAUUCAUCUUAAUCCCCACAAUUUGUGAUAUUAUAGAGUAUAUGAAGUAAACCACUAAUGACCACAAGUUUUUUUUCCUUAUGUUUUCUGUGGUUCCUGAAAAGAAUUUUCUUUGACAGAAAAAUUUCUAUGUUAAAAAAACCACUGUUGGUAACUAGUUUUUUGAUAUAUCUUCAGUGGCUCUUGAAAAGAAUUGUCCCUGUCAAGGAAACUUUCCAGAUCUAAGUGCUUUUCAAAGAAACUUUUGGCUUGGCAUCUAAACAAGUUUUUUUUUCAUCAUUUAAAUAUGCUCAUCUCAAAAUCUUUGACACUAAUAUCAAUUAGCCUUCUUAAAAGAGAACUUGUCAGAGGGUGCUAUUGUUUGUUAGAUAUGCAUAUAAAUGCAUAUAUAUAUAUAGAGAGAGAAGCAUUGAUGCACUGAACCUAUUGCACAAUAUUACAAAUGUAAUUUUAAACAUAUUAUUUUAUAAAUCUCAUGGCCCUUAUGGAGCAAAAAAUUCCGAUAAGCAUUUUUAAAUGUUUGGUAUUGUGGGGGUUCUCUCCCUAUUUUCACUCACUUAUUUUAUCAUUUAGUCUCAUAUAUUCUAGGACAAAAAAAUCUGUCUCUUCUGGGCCUGAAAGCUCAAGCAUUUACUAAGUACAUUUGAUAGGGAUGUAUUGUAUAUAUAAUAACUGUCAAAUAGCAAAGAAUUUAUUUGGUAACAUCCCUAUGAUACUGUUUCACUUAGUGUUUUUUUAAAUUAUGAUUUGCUCCCUGAAAAUUAUAUAUGAUCAAAAAUAUGAAGUGGGACUGAGAAGAAUUUUUGGAAAGGUCAUAAUGUAUUCCCUAGUUAACAAUGACUUGAAUUUUAAACUGUUAAUGAUUUCAAGAUGGUACUAUAUAUAUAUAUAUAUAUAUAUAUAUAUAUAUAUAUAUAUAUAUAAAUAAAUGCCUUAAACUUUCCUGUAUUCUUCAAAGAUUAUAAAUAUUCUAGCAGGAAGGGACCUAGGGAUUACCUGAUCCAGUCCCUUCAUUUUACAGAUGAAGAUACUGAGACAAAGAGUUGUGACUUGCCCAGUCACACAGCUAAAGGCUAAAAGAGACCCUACAGUUUAUCUAGUACAACCUUCCCCUCUCCCAUUCUACAAAUGGGUAAACUGAGGUCUAGAGAGGUGAAGUGAUUUACCAAAGUCCACAUAGCUAAUGAGUAUCUAAAAUGGGAUUAAAACCUGAUUCUAAGGCCAAUAAUAUCUACUGCAAUGCACUGUUGGCGCAACUGGGAUUCAAACCAUCGUUUGAUUCCAAGGACAGACAUCACUAAGAAAUUAUUUUAUUUCAUUAUAACCAUCUUUUGCUUUCUUUGGAAACAUCUGUUGCUUUGUAUUUGAACAUUUGAUAUUACAAAUUAGUAAAGAGUAAAAUGUUUCUAUU